CCUGGUCGAGGCGGCGACCGAGGGAUGUCCUUAGACCGGCGUGGGUGGGCAUACGCUGCAGGCCCUCAGGCUGUGGGAUCAGUGUCGUUUUUGCACGUGCCACGUUGGAGGAGAGAGGAAGGCGGACAUCCUCCUCUUGCUGUUGCUAUUGCUCCAGAGGAACUCGCUGAAGCCUUGCCAGUUGAUGUCUACCGUAYGAUUGGUGGCUCGCGGCUGAUGGGAGAAAGGGAGAUGGAGAGAGGACAAUCUGGCCACCGAGGGGAUGACAACCCUCUUGYCACGCGUCAUCUSCAGUCUGUCGUACGGAACCACGCAUCUGCCACGUCAGSGAACAGCUGCCGUGAAGAUAUGGUGACACAGAGAAGAGUGGCACGCUCCRGCGUCGGGCCGGUUCGAAGCCCUCUGCUCGGUUCUCUGCUCCGUCAACAGAGCAGCCGCAUGGUCCUCCUCAUGCUGGCUAUGGUGGUGGCAAUCCUCAGCAGCAGCGACUACUCCGGAGGUCAGGCGCGAUGGAAGGUUGCAGCGCAAAUCGGCCCUCCCAAUCUGUCUACUUGCAGCCAGACUGCCGACUGCUGCAUGGUCCGUCCGACCGUCGCAGCCACUGCAUUUGCAGUCAACAACUCCAUUCCGCUGCACACUCGGCCAGCUCUGCAGACCGCCCUGCAGAGCACGACGUACGUGACGCGGAUCAAUGCCGCCUACAGCAGGCUGCGCAGCUUGGCCAGCUCGGAUCCGCGCAGUCUGGAGCAGCAGAGGAGGACACACUGCGCAUUCUGCGCCUCUCCGCCAGCCUACGGAGACGCCUUCCAGGUGCACAGCAAUUGGUACUUCCUGCCAUGGCACAGGAUGUACCUCUACUACCACGAGAGGAUCCUGGCAUGGGCCUCGGGAGACAGCGCAUUCGCGCUGGGGUUCUGGAACUGGGACAGCAGUACCGGUCGAACUUUCCCAGCGGCUUUCAGAGCCACCAACUCCUCCUUGUACACAGCCAAUCGUGCCUCAGCAACCAACCUAGCCAACGGCGUUCUACUAGCGACGGCUACGGAGAUCAUGAGAGCGAGUGUCCGCGAUGCUGGCCAGUCGACGUUCUUCGGCGGGCCGACAAAUGGGAAUCCCGGGAGUCUGGAGUGGACCAGUCACAACGGUGUACACAAUGCAGUUGGCCGGGAGAGUGACGGGCGUGAGAUGGGACGGCUGGAGUGGGCUUCCUUGGACCCCAUCUUUUACGCCCAUCAUGCCAACGUCGACCGUCUGUGGAGCGUGUGGCUGGGACUCUCGGGGAUCCGCGCAAACCCCACCAGCACGGCCUGGCUCGAUUCCGCCUAUACCUUCUACGACGAGAACGCGAGGGCCAGGACGAUACGUGUGAGAGAUGUGCUGAGCACGUCCGGCAAUCUUAGGUACUCGUACCAGGCUGUGUCGAACACGUGGAUAACUGCACGUAGGCGCAUGUCUCGACUUCUGUUGCAGACAGCUCCCCCCCCCUCCCCACCUCUUUCUAAUAUUAGCUUGUCCACGAACUCAGGGCCGGUGGUGCUUGGAACUGCGAACGACCGCGUGUCUGUAGCUCUGAGCUCGCCCUUGCGCAGCCCCGAACCGGCGGCUCGCCCGCUUAUCAGGCUGCAACAGCUGCGGUUCGACGCUAGCCAGCCGCUCGUCUUACACGUGUUCAUCAAUCAGCCCGACGCGACGGUCGACACCCCAAGAUCGGGAAAUCCAAACUACGUGACGUCACUGUUCAGCAUACUGGGGGGGCCAUCCUCCAUGAACGUGAAUCUGAAUCUCCCGAUCACAGACGCCCUUGCCAGAAUCAGAGUGCCCGUCACUAGCGCCAUCUCCGUCCAAGUGGUGCAGGAUACCAGCCAAGCGCAGGCUCGACGGGUUUCGUUCCAGGCCAUCGAGUAUGCAGGAGUGCAAGGGCCGUAGCCUUGUAGGAGAAAAUCGCAUGUUUCUCUUCAUCAGCCUCUCUCUCUCUCUCUCUCUCUCUC